AUGGUUUAUAUGGCCAAAGUCAGCAACGCUGGCACUUCUGCAGCACCCACCUCUGGAUGGUUCAAGAUUUAUGAGGCUGGCCUCUCCGGUGGAAAGUGGGCGGUAGACAACCUCAUCGCCAAUGGCGGUAAGCUCACUGUCACGGUACCGAGCUGUAUCCCUGCUGGAGACUACCUCUUCCGUGGCGAGCUUAUUGCUCUGCACGCGGCGUCCUCCUACCCUGGUGCCCAAUUGUAUAUGGAAUGCGCCCAAAUCCGUGUCACAGGCGGAGGAUCCAAGACCCCUGCAACAGUGUCGAUUCCUGGAGCAUACAAGAGCUCUGACCCCGGCAUCACCUAUAACCUCUACAGCGGCCAAUCUACCUAUACCAUCCCUGGGCCCCGUCCUUUCACUUGCUAG